ACUCGAGUUGCUUCCUCCGCACUCGUAGGCGUCGCUUUCUCUCUGCGGUCCUUUGCUCUCCUGCCAGCCACGUUCCUUUCUUUUCUUUUUCUUUCCAGGCGCAGAUGAACGCAGGUGAUUUCGCACCACCGGGCUCAAAACCCUUUCCUUCUCCAGUUAGAGAUGACAGACUACCACCUAUACCAUCAGAUCAUGAGACUGCAAUGAAUUCUCCUCCUCCGCCCCAGAUCGUCCAUGACCAGGAUACGUUUGCUUCACAGCAAACAGUGCGUGGAGUACCGCCGCCCAUUAAUACCUCUGGCGGUUUGAGUCCCAACGAUUACGGUAUAUACGUUCUACAGCCGUCCACGCAUGAUUCUAAUACCGACAUUACCACAGGGCUCUCUGUUCCCCCCAUCACUCCCAUAUCACCUGUGGGAGCUGUUUCGUCCGGAAUGCCUCCUUCGCCGUCAGCAGAAGGUAAACCGAAGAAGACCAACCCUUUGACUGACCUCGUGGAGACUGAGAAAGUAUACGUUGACUUACUCACCGGCAUAAUAAGAAAAGUAGCGGCUGCUUGGUCGCGCUCAAACCUCCCUCCACCUGAGCUGGACACCAUGUUCAGAAGCGUGGAAGGUGUAUACAGGGCUAACCGAUCGUUGUUAGCGAAAUUGAAAGAGAUCGGCACUAGUCCUUCGUCUCCCAAAGCGCUUGGAGAUCUGCUCAUGAGAUGGAUUGAUGAUCUGGAAACUCCAUAUACCACCUAUGCCGCAAAUUAUUGUGCUGGCUUCGAUGUUUGGGGCCCUGUCCAAUCAAACCCACGGUUAAGAACUACUCUUGCCAUAUUCUCGUCGUCAAAUCCUCCUCCUCUUCCACCCUCUUCACCGCCACAUCCUGCAGAACCUCCACUGUGGACACUUGAUGACUUGUUCAUUCUCCCCAAGGAUAGGCUGAAGUACUACAAGAAGCUCUAUAGUCGGUUACUCAAGAGCACUCAGCCAGGGCGAAGUGAUCAUCGUCUACUGACCGGGGCUUUGGACAAGCUAGAUGGGUUACUUUCUACUGUGGAUCAGAGGUCGAAUUUGAAGAUCGGUGACAACUUCGGCGCACCUCCCCCAACUCUCGCACCAACUACUGAAGAUGAGGUAGUCAUUGACAUGAGAUCUCGCAACAGCAAUGGACUUCCGCCGAAGAACUUCAUGGUUGGACCUCCAUCCAAUCGGGACAGUGAUUCAACUGGUGCUGGUAGUGUUUCUAGCAGAGGACGUAUGUCUCAAGAAACUGCACCUACGUCGGAGGACAGAGGGUCAACUGCAACGCUGGGCAUGCCUAUCACUGACCUGGAACGUCGGCUAUCCACGGAGCGCACUCUAGAUAUUUUCACCAUGAAACCAAAGCAAGUUCGCCUUCAGAUAUCCCCACCUACAUUGCAUUAUACCCGAGAAUUGCGUAUAUCUGCGGACGUUGUCCUUAAUCUAAUUCCCCGCUCCACUGGCAUUGAGGUCAUCCAGGAACGUGGCCAUAUAUUCAUACUAACAGACCUCCUCUUGAUUUGUGAACGGAUGACCAAGGAAGAGAUGUCUCGGUAUGGACCGGACGGACCUGACAUGUGGCUCCUAUACCCUCCUUUGGCUGGCAAACACUUGCGUGUCGCACCCGUUGAAGGUUCAGCUACCGCGUUGAAUGUCACCAUUCUGCGUAAAGAGACUUUGACCGUCUCCACGGGCUCUCCUCAAACUCGAGACAGACUUGUUUACGAGUUCCGGGAAUGUAUCGACGCCGGUGCCACCUUGCUGCCACCAUCGAAAAAUGCUCAGCCUCCACCACCCGUUCCUCCUCUGCCUGGUACCAAUAAUUUACCGAGAUCGCCUUCUGCACCUCUCGAACGAAAUCUAAUGUAUCCCCCUAAUGAAUUCCCACCAUCAGCACGGUCAAGUGGAAGCCUGAGCCCGCCUUCGCGGGCACUUUCGCCAGGCAGCCUGGCGGAUGGUCGUGUCAUGUCACCUCCCAUGGGGCCAGGAAUACUCGAUGGCAUGGCGAGGAUGGGACUUGCACCAGAUCCCAGGAUGAACCCUCAACCCGGCCAAACGUAUCCUCCUCCACGCUCGAGCUCUGCUGCUCCCGGGGGCCCUGGUCCUUCGUUCGCGCCGGGACAGGUUAUGCCAGGAUCUGGUUUUGGACCUGGUCAGGUGAUGCAACCGCCGUCGUUUGGUCCUGGACAAACUAUGCCUCCCUUCCAAGGCGGACCUGGACAGAUAGUUCCUCCCCCACGUGGAGCCAGUACAGUGUACAGAGGACCCGGAGGACCCCCACCUCCUGCAAUGGGGCUCCCGGAUCGUCCCGGACCGCAAGGGAUGCAGUACAAUGGACCUCCAGUUUCAAAUGCACGUUUCUCAGGUGGUUCGGGUUACCCGCCAUCUCGACCUCCUUCGGAUGGUUCCUAUGGUAGCAGUCUUCGCAAGUCGCCUUCCUCUCGUUCACUGGCUUCGCAAUACGAACAGAUGCCGCCGAAUGGUAUGCCGCCGCCCAUGCCGGCGUACCCAGACGGUCUACCCCCUCCGCGACCUGGGUUCCUUCCUCGAAACGACUCAUCGGGCUCUUUGUCGAGUCUCCAAGCACCUCAACCUCGUCCAUUACUUCCUUCAGCUCAACUGAGCCUUCGGUCGGUGUCCACAGCUGUGUCAUUUGUUGAGCCUAGUCCGCCCAAUUCACCUGUGGAAGAAUCGCCUCAGUAUAAUGGACCAGUCACCUCCACUGUCUCAGCACAGAUGAAGUGCAAGGUUUUCCUGAAGCAACAUCAUGCUGCCUGGAAGAGCCUUGGAUCAGCAAAGCUUAAGCUGUACAGAGAGUCGCCGACCAACAUCAAGCAACUGGUGGUGGAAGCCGAUAACAGCAAGAAAACCGUCAUGAUAUCUACUAUUGUGCUCCCGGAUGGGGUGGAGCGGGUGGGUAGGACAGGCGUAGCCGUCGAGCUUUCUGACAAGGGUCUCAGAACCGGGAUCGUAUACAUGCUGCAGUUGCGGAACGAGCAGGCGGCGCAAGGUCUAUUUGACAGUCUUCUCGCUGGCUCAGACCGAUCAGAAGCAGCGGGCAGGGCAUGAACAAUUCCCAAAUGGACUGUGCAUUUACCUCUGGACAAUUCUUACAAUCUUCCACAUUGACAUGCUUUCGGACUAAUUUGCGUCGCCUUUCAUGGGGAAAUACAGCUUACACUUCCAUUUAUUUUUCCUAUCGCACUUACAUUAGAGUACCACCAUUCCUGAUAUUCCAUGAUCUCAUUGGUUUUUUCUUUUAUGAACAUGAUUUUACAUUCCUGUCUGCUACAAAUUACACUGGGGACUUUUAGGAUGAAGGUGUUGGUUGUGGCUCCGGCCACGAUAGCUCUGCACAGAGUGAAAUGUGAUCACUGCCACAUUUACCCUUCUGCGGUAGGCCUGGCUCUAGGUCUGCAGUGAAAAUAGGUUUUGCCAGACCAGUAACUAACACUGGCCGAUCCACAGGCUCCAAUACGAAGAUAUAGUCUGUAAAAAUUGAGCACACAAGUUUUGGGAGAAAGCAAUCUGCCUGAACAUACCUAGUACAGUCUUCCAAUACUAAGGGAAUGUUAGCACU